CAGUGCAGCACCUUCUCGUUGACAUGGACGAUGUUGUCUUUGACUGCAGGACCUACAUGUACAACUACAGGUACUCCUCCGAGAUAUGGAACACACUGAUGCCGAUCACCACUGUGCUGGCUUACCUCACUCCCAAUAUAAUUAUCAUCAUCGCAACAAUCUUGUUGCUGACAAGUGCAAGAAGAGUGGCUAAAAAAAUGCAGGAAAGUAUACGCUGGCAAGGAACCUUGGCUGUUGUCAUCACUGCAACAAUCUUCACCAUAUCCUUCCUUCCCAUUACUGUCUACUUCAUCGCUGGGCCUUUCUUAGAAACAGAUUCUGAGGAGCCAGGGCCAUUUUUCAACAGGUACUACAGAGUGACAGAAGCUGUGCUGUUCACUAACGUUAUGGCAAAUUUCUUCACGUACGGUCUCACCGUAGCCAGCUUUAGAGACUUUUUAAAGACGAAGCUGAUAAAGAAACUACCAUUUCUCUCCAUCGGUAACCUCUUCCAACUUACUCCUCUUCAAGGAGAAACAACAGGAUCAAGGUUGACGGGAUCGUCGACAGAAGCUGACAAAAAAGAAGCAGCGAUUACAAGAGCAGCAAGAGUUAACAGUAAACCAAAAAAAGGGAUGACAGGAGCAGCAGCAGAAGUAAGCAAAGCAGAUGUAGGGAAGACAGGAGCAGCAGCAGAAGUAAGUAAAGCAGAAGAAGGGAUGACAGGAGCAGUGGCAGAAGAAAGUAAAGCAGAAGACGGGACUACAGGAGCGGUGGCGGAAGGAAGUAAAGCAGAAGUAGGGAAGACAGGAGCGGCGGCAGAAGAAAGUAAAGCAGAAGAAGGGACUACAGGAGCGGUGGCGGAAGGAAGUAAAGCAGAAGUAGGGAAGACAGGAGCAGCGGCAGAAGGAAGUAAAGCAGAAGUAGGGACUACAGGAGCGGUGGCGGAAGGAAGUAAACCAGAAGUAGGGAAGACAGGAGCGGCGGCAGAAGGAAGUAAAGCAGAAGUAGGGACUACAGGAGCAGCGGCAGAAGGAAGUAAAGCAGAAGUAGGGACUACUGGAGCGGCGGCAGAAGAAAGUAAAACAGAAGUUGGGACUACAGGAGCAGCGGCAGAAGGAAGUAAAGCAGAAGUAGGGACUACAGGAGCGGCGGCAGAAGAAAGUAAAGCAGAAGUUGGGAUGAUAGUGAAGAUGGCGACAAAAGGAGCGAUUUCUCAGGAACAAAGUGGCCAGAAAAAAUGAACUAAACAGCUCAAUCGGACAUAUUCGGGAAACUUCCGUUUAACUUUGUUUGAACUUUCUUGAUCAACUGACACCAGCAGACAACAUUUGUCUGUCGAGGAUUAUCCAAAAUAGUUACGGAAUUUACUUAAUUGACUUAAUUGUUAAUGAUUUACAGUUCAAAGAUUCGUAGUUGAAACGAUUCCGAAUUUUUAUUACAAAAUUAAA